GUGCUGUGCUGUGCAUGCGGGUUAGUAGAACACAGGCGUCGCGACGCCACGCGUCGUCGUCACGGGACUCUGUCUCCUUUCUUUUUCUUUAGUCUAUCUCUUAUUUUUCUAUAAAAAUAUCUUCAGAUCAAACUGAAGGAAAGUAAAGAGAAGAAAGGAAGAAAAUUCGAAGAAAAGGAAACUGAUGGAAACUGAGCAUCUCGAAAAAUAUGGCACUAGUCAGAUGUUGUCUCGAAGCUGAGGCACCUGAAAUCUUUGGAUCACUCGUACAAAAAUGCACCGAUCCUGGUUGUUGCUGCUGGUGUUGCUCUGCACUACGCCCAAGAUAUAAGAGACUGGUUGACAACAUUUUUCCUGUUAACCCACAGGAUGGCCUCGUUAAAAAUAAUAUGGAAAAGCUGACAUUUUAUUCAUUGAGCAGUCCUGAAAAAUUAGAUAGAAUAGGAGAAUAUUUGUUUCAAAGAGCCUCCAGAGACAUAUAUAGGAGAAGAAAUGGAUUUGUGAUUAUUGCCAUGGAAGCCAUGGAUCAACUCUUAGUUGCAUGCCAUGCUCAAACCCUUAAUCUGUUCGUUGAAAGUUUUUUAAAAAUGGUCCAAAAAUUACUGGAAUCAACAGAUCCUCAGUUACAGAUUCUUGCUACCCAAUCUUUUGUCAGAUUUGCCAACAUCGAAGAAGACACGCCGUCUUAUCACACACGUUACGAUUUCUUUGUAUCAAAAUACUCUGCAAUGUGCCACUCCAACCAUGACGACGCCACUAUUCGCAAACAAAUUAGACUCGCGGGAAUCCAAGGAUUGCAGGGUGUUGUGAGGAAAACUCUUUCUGAUGACUUGGUCGAAAACAUUUGGGAACCUGUUCAUAUGGAUAAAAUAGUACCUUCAUUAUUAUACAAUAUGCAAAAUACAAGAUAUGCCAACAAAGAAGACGCAACACCUGAUUGUCCAACUGAAGAAAGACCUGACCCACCACAAUUUGCGGAAAGUUGUAUGCGAGAACUUGUUGGUCGUGCUUCAUUUGGACACAUUCGAUGUGUUAUUAGACCUGUUCUAAGACAUCUAGAUAAUCACCAACUAUGGGUUCCUAAUUAUUUUGCUAUUCAUGUAUUUAGAAUAAUAAUGUUUUCUAUACAGUCACAAUAUUCUUAUACAGUUGUCGAAGCUUUAAUGACUCAUCUUGAUGAUCAUUCAAAGUCAUCACCGAAAAUACGAACGAGCAUUGCGGACACAUUGUCCAAAAUUAUUUCAAUAGCAGCUGGAGAAAGUGUUGGUCCUUCUGUUUUGGAGAUAAUCAACUCGUUAUUAUCUCAUUUACGAGUUAGUGUAACGAGAAACCAAUCAUCCAGUAAUGAUGAACAGCUAUAUCAAGAAGCUCUUAUCAAUGCACUUGGAGAGUUUGCAAAUCAUCUCCCAGAUUAUCAAAAGAUUGAAAUAAUGAUGUUCAUAAUGAGUAAAGUUCCGUAUAAUCAAACAGAUCGUAUUAUUCCUGUUGGUAAAGGAGAUGUUUUACUCCAAAGUAUUCUUUUGAAAUCUCUAUUGAAGGUCGGUACAAAGUAUAAAACGAUUCAUUUAAAUACGACGUUCCCACCAAGUUUCUUAGAACCAUUGCUUAGGAUGUCCUUAGCAGCAGAUGCUGAAAUGAGACUCUUGGUACAAAAAAUAUUCCACACUUUAAUCGACAGACAUAAUAAUAUAGCUAAACUUGCUAAGCCAACCGUGAACGUAGCUGAACUCGACUUGGUAAUUGAGAAAUCAUCUAGACCGGAUAUUAUAUUUAUUCGAAAACAUGGACCUGAAAUUUAUCUAGCACUUUAUGAAUCUUUAGAGUUGACGAGCAACUCUGUUGAAAAUGUGGAAUCUAUAUAUACAACUUUAGCUCUACUAGUCGUAGAACUCGCUUCUGAGGAUACUAUUUUAGAACUAUUAAGAUUAGUUUUGAGUCUUCAAGAUUUAGCACUGACAAGCGGCCAAAUAAGCAUUACAUUGAAAUUCAAUUUACAUGCUAUUGUUAUUAGUCUACUUGUUUUGAUUUCUUAUGUUUGCAAUAUUACUUCUCUUAUGGAUUAUGCGCAUAAAGUCGUUGAAGCUCGCCGAAAAGAAGCCCCACAUCUGUUGCCUAAUUUACAUUCUCAAUAUGACAGUAAUUUAUCUCCAAGAUUAGCACUGACAUUGCUAGUAGAUCAAACUGUGGUAAGCGAAUGUCUAAAAGGAGCUGGCCUUGAUAGCGGAAAACUUCAACAAGGAUCUGGUUACAGUAGCACUUCUCUACAACACAGGCAUUCCUGGGUUGAUGGCACAGGAAGAAAUUCACUAGCCGAUAUUAACUCUGGUACUGGAGAACUGGAUAGUGGUGGAUCAUCUCCAGGCGUUCAAAAAAAACUACCUGGUGAAGAAUUGACAUUCGAAAGCAUGAAAAGAAUUUUGACUGAAACUAAUAACAAUAAUAUAAUAGAAGAGGAAAAACGAAUGCAACUUUCACAAUUCUUCCGAAGUGCACCAUUCCAAGAUCUUGUGUCGAUAACGCAACCGAAGCACGACGUUUUACAAAGUAAACUAUCAGAAAUAUUUAAUUCAUUGACAGUUGAUCCACGUAAUAUAAUACCAGGAGGUCCACAAACGGAUGCUAAACCUAAUCAAACACCAGCUUACGAAAUACAUUUUCCAGAAUUAUUUGUUUAUUAGAGAAAGUUUUCAGAUAUUUAGGUGUUUGGUCGGUACAAAUAGACUCUGUAGAGUAUCCUAAGGCUCCACCUUCAGCAGCUCUACGUCGAAGA